UUAAUUUAUUGUAACGACAGAGGUGUUAGUAUGAUUGACACUGAAUGUCACAUUUGAAUAUGACAGGUGUAGAUGUAAAUUUGACCCAAUGCAUGAUGCAUGUAAGGACUUGUCAAAGUUGGCAGUGUUGAUUGAAAGUUGGCAGUAUCUUGUAAAAGAUUGAUUCAUUGACCUGCUGUAGUGUGAUGUGUCAUGCAAAUAAGACCUGCAUCACAACAUUAGCGUGAGCAGUAAUAGUGGAAACGGCGGUUUACUGUGUGGACUGUACCAUUCUUUAAAUAUUUAUUUUCUAUUCAUAUUAACUUGCCAUGUCUUGUCAGACAACGAUUCAAAGCAUGACAUUUACAUUGUUUAAAAAAUAAGUCAAUAUAAACUGUGUAAUGACAUGUAUUCCCAUUGAAUGUUUUUGUAACUUAGUAAAAAAAAAAUCUGCAGUGCCGGAUGGCGUCGGAUGGGUAAAGUGUAGGAGUCGAGAAACUUCACGAUAGUAAAUAACGACGUUACUGUAUUUCUGCCUUAGCUAACACAAACAAACCCACACUACGAAACUGUAAUUUUUCAUUCAAAUAUGCCUCGGAAAAAGCCGUUCAGCACCAAACAGAAGAAGAAACAGAUGCAAGUGAAACGGGAAAGAAAGAGAGGUGAGCCAGGCUCAGGGCCCAGCAGCCGUAAUGCCAGUGUGGAGCGGGGGAUGGACAGGGAGAGGCAGUCGGACACCUCAGAUAGCGAAACCACAGAUGUCAGGAGGAUAAACCAGCAGCCCGGCAUCAGGGAGGGCAGAUACGAUCCCAAUAGGUUCCGUCUGCACUUUGAGAAGGAGAGCAGAGAGGAGGUGGAGAGGAGGAAGAAGCUUGCUAGAGAGAAGGUUCUGGACCAGAUGUUAGACAAAGACCUGGAGGUUGACAUCAACGACAUCUACCCCACAGAGAAAGGUCUUGAGUUUCCGCGGCGACCUCCGUGGAAUUAUGGGAUGAAUCGUGAGGAGCUGCUGAAGAAAGAAGAGAAGUCAUACCGGGAAUAUCUGAACGACCUGCACUCCAGAAACCCACCUGGAUCCCUCAGCCACUUUGAGCACAAUCUGGAGACGUGGAGACAGUUGUGGAGAGUGUUGGAGAUGUCCGAUGUGAUCCUGCUCAUCGUGGACAUCAGGCACCCGGUGCUGCAGUUUCCCCCAACGCUGUACCACUACAUCACUGGGGAGCUGCAGAAGCAGGUGGUGGUGGUGCUGAACAAAGCUGACCUGUGUCCCCCUCCCCUGGUGCUGGCCUGGACACACUACCUCCAGACACAGUUCCCCCACCUCCACUGUGUCUGUUUCACAUCACACCCCGGCCAGCCAUACAGCACAGUGCUUCAGAAGAAGAGGAUGAGAAAAAAGGGUACAUGUGGGUGGGGACAUGCUGGAGGCCCCACCCACAUCCUGAAGGCGUGUCAGGAAAUCACAGCAGGAAAAGUGGACUUGUCCAGCUGGGAGAAGAAGAUCCAGAGAGAUGCGGUUGCUAUGGGAUCAGAGGGAGAUCAGUUAGAGGAGGGGGCCGACUCUGUGCUAGUGGAGCACCAGAGUGAUGUUGCCAUGGAGAUGAGCAGCCCCUCUCAGGAGCUGUAUAAAGAUGGCGUACUCACGCUGGGCUGUAUAGGCUUCCCUAACGUGGGGAAGUCAUCAGUAUUGAACAGUCUUGUAGGUAGGAAGGUGGUGAGUGUGUCUCGAACCCCCGGCCACACCAAAUACUUCCAGACCUACUACCUCACACCCACUGUCAAACUGUGCGACUGCCCUGGACUGGUCUUCCCUUCACUAGUCAACAAACAACUACAGAUCCUAGCUGGUAUCUACCCAGUGUCUCAGCUGCAGGAGCCCUACAGUUCUGUGGGUUAUCUGUGUGAGCGGACCCCCUUCCUGUCGGUGCUCAAGCUCCGGCACCCCAGCGUGGAGGGCCCACAGCAUGCACCAAAGGGGGGGGAGAAGGAGAGGGAACAGGGACCCGAGCACAGCUGGACAGCCUGGGACGUGUGUGAGGCCUGGGCAGAGAGGAGGGGUUAUAAGACAGCGAAGGCAGCUCGUAACGACGUGUAUCGGGCAGCUAACAGUCUGCUGCGGCUGGCCGUCGACGGGAGGCUGUGUCUGUGCCUCAGACCACCUGCAUACAAUGAUCAGAGAGAGCAGUGGGAGUCCCACCCAGACCUGGCAGAGAUCAUCGCUCUACAAGGACGGAAGGAAGAGGGGGCAGGAGAGAGGGAAGAAGAGGAGGAGGGGGAGUCCAGCUCUGAGCCGGAGGAGGAGAGGGAUAGGGAUGCUGAUGAUGAUGGUGAUGAUGAUGAAGAUGAAGGGUUUGGACACCCAGCAGUGAACGAGAGGAAGGGGCCAACCAGCCUCACAGUCAAUAUGUUCGAUGUCCUCCGGGAAAACGAGUGCGAGUGAGGGAGAAACAAUGAAUUAAAAAUACAAAGUGCUUGAUCUCUCCCUCCACUCUGCACCUUUAUUCCAUUUUCCUUUCCUUGACUUGCAUUCCUUUUACAUUCUGACUCUUCUUUCCUCUAUUCUCUCUCCCCGCCCCUUCCCCUUCCCAGAGGUUACUAAAAGCACUCUGAUAUUGUAUAAAACAUUUUCAUUUCUCCAUGCUGUGCCUCUGCUCUACCCAUGCAGCUGUACUUAGACUGCGUUUAGACAGGUAGCCCAAUUCUGAUCUUUUUUUCCACAAAUUGUUCUUUUGACUAAUCACAUCCAAUCUUUAUCACAGCUGAUUGGUCAAAAGGCCAAUUAGUGAAGGAAAGUUCAGAAUUGGGCUACCUGUCUAAACCAUUGUAGGAUUACAUUUUUUUGUUUUUAUAAUUUUCCUGCAUGUAGGAUUUUACUUUUAUUUCCCUUAAAGCUAGUAGGGCCAUUGUGGUGUAUUAAUCAUUGAUUGGUUUUCAAUCUGUUAAUUGAUAAGUGGCCUCACCGCUGAGAUGCCAAAGGUCAUUAGACCAUAGAAAUGUAAUGGCUUGAACUGACACGGUUCUGGAUUCAAUCUCAUGUUGAAGGUCACACAGUCUAAAUGGGGAUUAGACAUUGAUGAUGUCAUCCACAUGAGACUUCCAUUUGGCUGACAGUGCAGAUUUAUGACAUCACUGUCUAAUCCUGGUUGAUUUCACUGUGUACAACAGUGUUAUAGUACUUCGGUAGAGUCGGGAUGUGUGGAAUUCGGCAUUCCAUGCUGCUUUCAGUGGUAAUAAUCAUUGUCAAACCCAUUUAUAUGAUUCUACCCAAUUCAGUGUUCUAUUUUAGGGUCCACUAGGGGCAGUGUUUGUCAAUCCUGGUGCAGCCACUCACAUGCAGCACUGUAUGAUGCAAAGCUGACUGACUGACUUGAUAAAGAAAGAGUUUGGCCACUGUGGUUUCAACCAAAAAGCACUCUGAUGGUAUCACAUGGUUCCAUAGCAGCCAAUAUUGACCAAUACAAUAACGGUCCUGUUAUUGAUCCUAAAUUAUACCAGCUACGCAAACCAGCUGAGUAGCUAGAAUUUAGAACGAGAGUCUAAAUCCUGGAAGAAUGGAACGACAUUAAUGUUGGUUAAACUUCCAUCUCUAUGGCUCUGUUCUACUGUUACAAUCUGUCAGGGCUGGAUUCUAGUGUGCUGUUGCCUACUGUUCCUCAUUGUUCCUGUUCUACUGUAUUACAUGUCACUGAGGGAACACAACAGCACAGUGCUGCGUUACCAUGUAACAACAUGCACUGUUCUGGUCUAUACCAAUGGCACACUUAGAAAUAUACACACUAGGGCCAUAGGUUUUUCCUGUCUGUGUGACUGAUCAGGAAAAAAUCCGGGCUGUAGUGUGUCUAAGCAACAACUAGAGAUCCAGCAGAGGUUUUCCUACCCACGUGACCAGGAAAAACUCCUGUCCCUAAUACACACCACUCUGGCUUCCGAUAUGGAGAUAGAUGUGUUAAUGCUCUUUGUUUGAAUGAUUUAAACAGACUUGUACGUGAGUGUUUGGAUUGUGUAUUUGCUGCAUUCUUUAUUUCAUUCCUUAGUAUGCUCAAAUGACAAUGAACUGGACUGCUCUCUGCAAUAAAGAUAAUCCAUGGAACAAG